GUCUCUGAAAGCUACAAAUCCACUGGAGUCUUCCUGCUUACGGACGGAGGAAAAUACACCCUGAACUACACGGACGCCACAGAUGCCUGCCUGCUUCUGAAUGUCACCAUGGCGACCUUUGCCCAGGUGGAGAAAGCACAUCAACACGGGCUGGAGACAUGCAAAUAUGGAUGGGUAGCUGACAGGAUAGCAGUGGUCCCGCGGCUGGUGUCUGACCGGAGAUGUGGGCAGGGUAACACUGGGGUGGUAGCGUGGUCUGCACCGUUGACUAAAAUGUUUGGUGUCUUCUGCUUCAAUUCUUCAGCACUUGCAGAUCUGGACAAAUCUCUUGAAACGUCCUCUGACUCCUCCAACCCUCUGACAACUCUCACCCAAGCCCCAACACCUGCUUCACCUUUGGUUCGAACAUCGUCUGUGCACACGUCCUCGACCAGAACACAGAUAACAUCUAAACCCCCUCAGCAAACGUCAGAAACUUUAGCUCCUUUGUUCGGGACAACACACACAGCCUCCAUCUCCUCUUCAGCCUCUCCGUCCCUGAAUCCCAUUUCGACCCACGCUCCAGUUUCUCCUCAUCACUUUACCACCUCGGACUCUGUAGAUUACACAGCCGACUUUUCAACUUCAGCUCCACCCUCCACUUUUUCAGCGACCCCUGAGCUAGCGCUGUCAAAA